GCGACGUUCUCGUGGUGCGUGACGCUAGACCCGACGACACCAGUUCGUACUCCUGCGAAGCUCAACACACGUUGACGGGAGAGAAAAGACGGAGCUCCUCUGCUUUAUUGGCUGUUUCACAUCCCUCCGGAAGCAUGGCACCACGAAUGUUGAUGAUAUCAGAGGAUGAGACCGUCGUGCAGGGAGGAGAUAUUCGACUAGUAUGCUGCGCUAUUGGAAGCCCACCUCCUACAUACAGCUGGUUCCGUCACAGCAACGGCCGUCUCAGCCCCGUGUCCAACAGCAUCCGUAUAUCCGUGUCCGAUCAAGUCCUGAUUAUUCGUCGGGCUCAGCCGGCGGACGCCGGUGUGUGGACUUGCCGUGCCCACAAUCAGUACGGAGAACAGAGACGUGACGCUCGAUUGACGGUCCGAGCAAGACUGGUGGCUUCUGUACAUCCUCAGCUACAGGUGGCUAACUCCGGGAGCUCAGUGAUGUUCAACUGUUCUGUGGAGGGCGAGGCGCGAGUGCGUUGGCUGCACGACGGCGUGCCCGUGGGAGGGGGGGAGCGGACGCUGCGCGUGCAUGGCGUCGUGCGCGCGCACAGAGGGAUGUACCAGUGCGUGGCGGAGCGGGACAUGGACAGUGCGCAGGCGGCGGCUGAGCUGCGGCUCGGAGACACAGCACCCGAGUUGCAUUACACAUUCAUCGAGCAGGCCUUGCACCCGGGACCGGCGUUGGCAAUGCACUGCGCCGCGUCAGGCUCGCCGCCACCGCGGUUCACCUGGCUGCUGGAUAUGCAGCCUAUAGAAGAGCUCAAUACACCACAAAGAACCAUCAGUCAAUUCAUGAGCGCCAACGGUGACGUGGUCAGCUACCUGAACAUCUCGUCGGUACGCCCAGAAGACGGCGGACGGUAUACUUGCCGCGCGCACAAUUCGCGAGGCGCCGCGGAACAUUCCACACGGCUCAAUGUUUACGGUCACCCGUCGAUUCGCAGCGUGGGCCCGGUGCGCGUAGUCGCUGGCAUGAACACUACAGUCUACUGCCCCUACUCUGGAUUUCCAAUCAGUGAGAUAGUCUGGCAGCGCGGUGGUAUGGAUUUGAGCCCCAGCGGUGGGCGCGCUCUCUCGGGGAUGGGAGGCGAGCUAUUGCUGUGGCCGGCAGAACCCGCAGAUGCAGGUGUUUACUCUUGUCGGGUCACAGCACCUUCGGGGCAGUACGCGCAGAAAGAUAUACAGAUUUUUGUAAGAAAUCCUCCGAAGAUUUCGGGAUUCACAUUUCCUCCCGACCUCGUAGAAGGUAGCUCAAUUCAAGUGCUAUGUGGCAUUACGUCUGGUGAUAAACCGGUAUACUUCUCGUGGUUGAAAGAUGGACAGCAUAUCCCUUCAAAUCUUCAGGUGCAAGAAAAGUCACUUGAUGAGUUCAGCUUCCUAAUCUUCUCACACGUGACUUCAAAACACAGCGGCGAAUAUACAUGUGUCGCUACCAACUCGGCUGCAGAGGUGAACCACACUGCGAGACUUGCUGUCAAAGUGGCGCCGUCUUGGGUGUACGAGCCACAAGAUGUUUCCGCUCUUCUUGGCACUCAAAUAUUGGCGCACUGCGCUACUAAGGGCUACCCAGAACCUAGAAUCACUUGGCUCAAAGGUCAUGGUUCUGGUGUAAAUGACUUCAGGCAGGUAUCGAACUUGGAUCUGCAGUUCUCAAUCCUGUCAAACGGUUCGUUGUCAAUAUCUCCAGCGGCGCAUCAUCACGAGGGGCAAUACAUGUGCCGAGCUGAAAACGGCAUCGGUAGAGGACUAUCCAAGAUCAUCACUGUCUCUGUCAACGAGCCAGCACACUUCGAGUUUUCAUCAAGAAACAUGACAGUCAAGCGCACGGGGCAAGCAACACUGGUGUGCGAAGCGCGAGGCGAUCCACCGCUCGCGUUACAGUGGACACACAAUAUGAAACGUGUGGACUUGACCACAUACAGAGUGUCUGUCUCCGAGAAGCGCUCAGACAGUGGUGUGAGUUCUCAACUGAACAUCGCUCACGCCGAACGACAUGAUUCUGGAGUGUACCGCUGUCGCGCUGAAAACGCUUACGGGAGAGAUGAACUGCUCAUCUACCUAGCAGUGCAAGAAUUCCCGGAAGCUCCCCGGGGGCUAUUCGUGGCGCGUUCCGACACACGUGGCGCUACUAUCGCCUGGCGACGAGGGUACGACGGCAACGCGCGGGUCCGAGUAUACCGCCUGCAAUACAGGGUCGUCGGUGACCGGCACAGACCCGACAGUAAUGACUGGACCGAUGCGCCUACCAGAGAGGUGCCGGCAGACAGAGUUUACGAAAAACAAGAAACUUCAGACCCAAACGCAGAAACUACGUUGGAGUACCGUGUGGAAGGCCUUCGACCUGCAACUGCGUAUGCGUUACGACUCGCUGCGGUAAACGCUAUCGGUGAUAGUGAUUACUCUGAGUCAGUUAUAGUGCAGACUAAAGAAGAAGCUCCGUCAGAACCACCUCAUAAUGUCAACGUCCAAGCUACGGCCCCAGGAGAGCUACUAAUAAAAUGGGAGGCACCACCUCAGGACUCAUGGAACGGUCAGCUCCUGGGCUACGUAGUAACGUGGCGCGAGGCGGGGGCUAGCGACAACGCGACGCGGGCGCUGACUGCUUCGGGCUGGGGCGCCACGAGCGCCACGCUGGCUCCGCUGCGGACGCACGCGCAUUAUGAUGUACGCGUCAGGGCAUUUAAUGCUGUAGGCGCGGGGCCGGCGAGCGCGCCGCUCACAGCUACUACAUUGGAAGGAGUGCCCGAGGCAGCGCCGCAGCGUGUGCGAUGCGAGGCUCUGUCCGCGCAGUCCCUGCGCGUAUGGUGGGAGCCCCCUCCACCCGCACUCCGGGGAGGAGUGCUGCUCGGCUAUGAAGUCGUAUACGAGGCAGUAGACGACCCAUCAGGACAAGUAGAGACGCGGCGGGCAGGUGGUACCGAAGCUGUACUGCAGUCGCUACGCCGCGCCGCCAACUACUCGCUCGUACUUCGAGCUCGCACCGCCGCCGGGCCCGGUCCGCCUUCAUCGCCGAUCACUUGCACCACGCAUGAAGACAUUCCAGGUGCACCAGCAGACAUCAAAGCAUUGGCAAACUCAGAGAGCACGAUCAUUGUCAGCUGGCUGCCGCCUGCGCAGCGGAACGGCCGAAUCAAGCACUACACCGUCUACAGCAGGCCGCAGCGGGUCAGCCCGCAUAACCAUCUCAUGGUGAUUCACAAAGACGAGGAAGAGGAGUUUUUCGCCGAAAUACGUGGACUGCAAGAACACACGCUGUACGAGUUCUGGGUGACCGCCGCCACUGCUUCUGGAGAGGGAGAGAUGAGCGCCAUCGUCGCCAGAAAACCUACACCAAGAGCUCCAGCAAAGAUCCUCUCGUUCGGCCGUCGCAUCGUGACAGCGGAAGGGUCACGCGUUCGACUACGGUGUGCUGCUGCAGGCUCACCAACGCCGUUGCGCGUCUGGUCACGGGCGCGGCCAGCGCCACCUCUCGCUAUAGAUCCCAGGAUCGUUGUUAAGGACCAAAUCAUCAUUAUACAGAAACUGGACCGCAGCCUGGCUGACAACUACACGUGUACAGUGAGCAACCCCUGGGGCGAGGAGCGGGUGACGUGGGAGGUUCGAGCGUUGAGCCCUGUACCUCGCCCAUCGAUCAGGCUGGCCGGUGCCGCGCCAGCGCGAUUGUCAUUGGCUUGGGAUGCACCUCCUAGUCCAGUGCAUAGCUACACGCUGGAGUGGACGCGCACGAACGAAGCCGGCUGGGCCGUAACGCGACUGCCGGGCGAAGUGCGCACGUACACGCUUGAGCGGCUGGCGUGCGGCGCCGCCUACCGGGUGCGACUGCGCGCGCAUAACGCCGCCGGGCCCAGCGAGCCUAGCGACGAGCUCGUCGUCUCCACCAAGGGAGGACUUUCAAAAGCGGCAGCAGAAAAGGAUCUCAUCACCACCAACAGCACCUGCGUCCGGCUCAACCUCCUAACAUGGGACAGCAACGGUUGCCCGCUGAGCCAACUCCAAGUUUCUAUACGCGGUUUCGACGAGUCAGCGUGGCGGGCGGGCGCCGCCGCCCCCGCUGAACCGCUGGUGUGGUGCGACCUGAAUCCCGCCACGUGGUAUCAUCUGAAAGUGGUGGCUACCAGUUCCGCUGGGACUACAGUUGGGACGUAUUAUUUUUCUACGCUUACUGAGGAGGGAGAGCGCAUCCCGGCUCCAGCACACUUCCCACCAGGCAGCGGCGGCGGCGAACACACCACGUUAGUCAUGGCUGGCACGGGUUGUGCUCUGCUCACCGCGCUGUUGUUGCUGGCUGUACUGGCGUGGAGGCGAAGCGAACCAGCGUCCUGUUUACGCAAAGGCUACGAGCCAGGUGGAGCGGAGGACAAAGCUAUAGAACCUCGAGACAACCGCCGAAACUGCCAGCAAGUAUACACCUCGUCGCCCGGCAAGCAGCCGCCACCAUCCAAAGAACAGCAAGAAAUGUACGAGAUCAGCCCAUACGCAACGUUCAGCAUGUCGGGAGGCGCGACGGGGGCGGCGCGCGGCGGCGCGGCGACGGGCGCCACGCUGCGCACCUUCGGCCGCGCCGAGCCCGCGCCGCUCGCCGCCGCGCCGCCGCCGACCAAGCAGCGCUCGCUCACCAACGCGGACGAAUACACACUAUCACGAGCCAUGACGCUGCUGGUGCGGCGUUCAGAAUCGGACUCCGAUUCGAGCGGUUCGCCCUGCGCCGAGUGUACAUCUGGCUCGUACCGCAUACCACAAACUACGCCAAAAGCAGAGGAGGUGUUCCGCGCCGUGACGGACUCGUCGGCGGAGUCGGCGUCGACGGGCGACGCGCGCUCGCUGUCGGCGCGGGCGCACGACAAGGCGCGCCGCCGCCCGCGGCGACAUCACGCGCCGCAAGCUACCAGGUAUCAACAACGCCAAGAGCAAGAAAGGAGAGAUUUUACGAUACACGUUUAACAUAAAUGACAAUAAAGACUGCUGUAAGCAAAAAUAAUCAGAAUUAUUAGAAUGUUACCUAGAUAGAUAUAAAGAUAAGUCUUAAUAAGGACUGUAAAUAUUUCUAUGAGUUUUGUAAAUUUUAUUACAAAAAUCAAGGCCUAUUUGGAAUUAAAAAUUAAGUCGGGACUCAAACUAUCAUCGAUAUAAUGGAAAUAACAACAAAAUUGUUCGAAAAUUGUUUUGUUACAUAGUUUUUAAGUACCUGUUUAAAAUACAAUAAGAAAGAUUUUUGAAUAAAAAUUACUUACCUACUAUUCAAAUACAGUGUAAUAUAAAGGAAACGUCUAAAAGUCGCAUGUUGGUAGAACAGUAAGGCGCCGUGUA